GUCACGAGAAAUAUUCCUAGGAUGCUGCCAGACCUGCUGAGCUUCUCCAGCACUUUGUUUUUGUUCCUGAUUUACAGCAUCUGCAGUUCUUUCGGUUUUUCUUGAUUUAAAUUGGUUCAACAGAGAAUCACAGAGCCAAAUUUAUCAGCAAGAAUUCUAAACAAACAUCCCACCAAGAUCUGAGAGUGAGUCAAUUAAUCAGGACUUGAAAAACAUUUGAUUUUCAAUGUUUAUCUAUUCUGUCUGUUGGAAAUCUUUUCCAACAUCAGUGUGACUGGAAAUGAACCAAGACAUAUCCACCCAGAUGAGUGUUUCAGUGAACUGACUGUGGACAGGUCUUGAACCAGUUACACAGCCUGAAUAACAUCACACCAUUCACAGUGGGGAGAAACUGUAUUACUGUCCUGUGUAUGGGAGAGGAGUCAGCUGAUCAUCCAAUAUGGAUAGACACGAGGACAUCUGCAUGAUGGAGAAACUAUGGAAAUGUGCGGACUGUGGGAAGGGAUUCAAGUACCCAUCCCAGCUGGAAACUCAUCGACGCAUUCACAGUGGGGAGAGGCCAUUCAUCUGCUGUGCUUGUGGGACGGGGUUCUGGCGGUUAUCUUCCCUUCGGAAACAUAAACGCACUCACACUGGGGAGAGGCCAUUCACCUGCCCUGAGUAUGGACAAGCAUUCAGUGACUCAUCCACCCUGUGGAGGCACCAGCGAGUGCACACUGGGGAGAAGCCAUUCAUCUGCACAGAAUGUGGGAAGGAAUUCACCCGAUCAGCCAACCUGCUGAAACACCAGCGAGUUCAUACGGGGGAGAGACCAUUCAUCUGCCCUGACUGUGGGAAGGGGUUCAGUGGCUCAUCCAACCUACUGGCACACCAGCGGGUUCACACUAGAGAGAAGCCAUUCAUCUGCUCAGAGUGUGGAAAGGGAUUCAGUGACUCAUCCAGCCUGUCAAGACACCAGCGA